CUCUAUGCCUCUGUUAUGUGCUGGGUUUUUUAUUGUUGUAGAUUUGUGGUUAUUUUGUCACAACAAGGACCUUAAAAACUGUCCCAGUGCAUGUUUACCUUAAUGUUAGCUGAUUUCGAUAAACAUCUCUACAUUAAUGCAUUCAUGUAACCUAAAUAAAAUGUUCUUUAAUAAUGUGUUUAUAAUGUCCUAUAUGGCUUUUAUUUUAUGCAGAACACAUUCACACAUUUGGUUGUGCUUAAACAUCAUAUUACAAGGAAGUGAGUAACCACAAAUAGCAUUUAUUAAACAUCCCUCCCCAACUUUAAUUUUUUGUCAGCCAGUCUGGAGUAAAGCGCUUGCAUUAAUGCAUUUGGCAUAAACUUUCAUCUUACUUACCGUGCAAUUUAAAGUCACUUUAUAUGGCAUUGCCAGUAUCAUGCACUAUCAGUAGAGCUGCAAUAAAAUUUGGUUUCAAGUUCUCUAAAAAGCAAAACUAUUAGAUACCACAAAAUGUGUUUCCUUUAUGUAUAGAAAUACUUACCAAAAAUGAAACCUUGGUUUUACACAAAUUUGGCCCGGUGCAUUAGAACACUGCAAGUUAAUGUUAAAACUUUACAGUAAGCUUGUAUUACAACUUUUCAAAGUUGUAGUAAACAGAUGUGCGUUAUACUUUUCCGCUGCCAACCUCAGAUGUAAGAUAAUCUGAGGCUAUGUGUGUGAGACAAAAAGAGAGAGAGAGCACAUAAAAAAGCUGCAUGUGUGCUGACACUGGAAGAAAACUACAGGAACUGACAGUUGGAGGAGGGUGCAAUGCAUAAUCGAACCCUUACUCUGUCACACGCUAAACUAAAAUGCAUCAGGCAGGAGACCACGCUCUCCUGGGAGAGCCAGGAAGGACAUUGCCACCUGCAUUGCCCAUCAAACAGCGCAGGAGUCAGUCAUCUUCAAGCUCCAUCCAGGAUGUAGAGCUGAACGUAGAUCUACCGUUGUCUGAACCACAGACGCCUUUGACACCAUUCGCUGAUGUGUUCGUAUCUACUGACUGUAAUGCGAUCCACUGUCCGAUACAUCGAUACGAACAUCACCAGGCGAGAUUCUUCUCAGACCAAACUCCUCCUCCUGUACCCAAAAAGAGUCUGAGAAGAACCAUAUCACUGCCAACAGAUGCUCUGGACCCACCUUAUUCAGGAACCCACAACUAUGAUAAUCCCCUAUACAUGAAAACACCAUUCCAAGAACAAAAGGAGAACUACGAAGAAGAGCUACGUGAAGGUCAGAUCUUGCAACAGGUGACUUUCGACAUCCCGGAUGAGCAACUCUGCAGACUCCUCAGAAGCUUCCAGAGCUAUGAGCAGGUCUCCAUGAGCAUUCAAGAGUGUUACCUACAGUUUCUGAGGGAAGUGUUGCAGACGAUUGAAACAAGCGUCUUCGUGAACGAGCAGGAAAGCAAGAUUGUGAAGACGUCCCACCCGAAUGACUUUCUUCUUAGCGGACAGCAGUGGACUGGGAAGGACAUUUACUACUUGGUGUGUUGUCCAAAGAUUCCCAGGAGGCUGUUUGCAGCUAAGGUUCACAGAGAGGAUUCGGCAUCAGAUUGUCCUUUGCUACAUCCAAACCUCGAACAAGGUGUGGUCCAUUUCCCACAAUGCACAGCUCUAAAUCGAACUCAUGCCUUACAACCAGAAAGUCCUCAGACAACACCAGAUCCAUCACAUGGGGGCAGCACAGAUGCAUGCCAACAGCAAACAGUUGUCUCUCUCCUGGAGAAAGGUGUCAGUGUGACUGUGUCAAGAGACUUUCCAUUGGGAACACUUGAGGACUUUGUUGAGGAGGGACACUCUUUGCACUGUACCCACCCUGAGGUUUAUGAGAGGAGGCUUUGUCUUCUUGUCCUCCAAUUGGUAAUGGGACUACAGGUCCUUGGACAAUACAACGUAACUCACAAGGAACUGAAACCACAGAGUUUCAUGUUAGUGUGGCCUAGUGUCACAUGGAAGGCAGUGGACACUAGAGAAUACCUGAGUGAGAUGAAGAAGGGAAGAGACGUAAAUUCAGACCCUUCUUCGGGUGAACCUAAUAAGAUCACAGUCUCCGAGGACCAACUAGACAACGGGAAGACGAAAGGCGAGAUGUGUCAAGCCUUAUGGGAGAAAUGGGGCACCCCUCGUGUGUUGCUCAACUUUGAGGAUGAGGAAAAAGCAACAUUGCAAGAACACCAGUUGGGGGAUUUGCUCAAGUACUGUCUACACCUCACCGACAGUGGCUCGGCCCUGUGCAAAGUGCCUACUCCAUACUCUCCAGGCUUGCUUUGGCUGAUCACCCAGCUCUCAUCGGAUAAACCUGAGAUACUAAUGGCGGAUGUACCAAGUGUCCUCCAGGUACUACUUUGGGGUCCCAGAAAGGGACUCUUCCAGCACAACCAAAUGGAGAGCACUUUGUUUUCUAACUGGCUGUUAGUUAAGCAAUCUCUUUUGGUUCUCAAACUCGCUGAGCAAGGACUGUUUCGAGAACAGCAUGGCUUGGACUGGGAAGAUUAUCUCUGCCUGCAAUAUUUAUCUUUUACAGACAUCGAGACGCUUCAUAGCAUAACGGCACAAUUAGGUCUUCACAACUUUGUAAGACCGGUUUAAAGUAUUAAACGUUUUAUUUAGGCUUUAAAAUUUUGUAGCCUAAUAAACAGUUGGCAAGCUAACCCAAAGAUCACUUAGAUACAUGAUCUAUAAACUUCUCAAUUACAAUAAACAGAUAUUGCUGUCCCAAAGUCUUAUCUUUGUGAUUCACAUUCUGUCACGUCUUAUUCAUAUACCUUUCACGAUUACACACCACAGCGAUUCUCAAACGGGGUGGGCCAGGAUGAACCAGUUUUAUGACAUUUUAGAACACAAUUUAUUAACUUCUUUGUAAUCUAACCUCAGAAAAAAUAUAGCUACCAAGCAACAGUACUACAUUGUAUAAUUUUAGGGUGGUUUCCUGGACUGGGAUUAGCUUAAACCAGG